UUCUUCAUCUUUUCUAGUGAUCGACACCACAUUUCCAGCGCCAUUCCAGUUCCAAAGAGACAAAGUUCUACAUUUGGGGGCCUGGAUGUGGGCUUCUCCCGCAGCCAUCCUUCUCCGGACAAAGGGCUUCGAAAACGGGCCAACUCAGAGAACGAAAGAUUGCAAUACAAGACUCCCCCACCGAGUUACAACUCUGCUUUAACCCAGCCUAUUGCCAUCGCAGGAGAGCGUGAGAAAAAGGCUGAGUCCUUAUCCUCUUCGUUGGAUACCUCCAUUGACUUCUCGAAGGAAAACAAAAAAGGAGAUGAUUUGUGCAACAGUUUAAAUGGUGGAAAUAGGAGCCCAAACCUUUCUCGAGGUCAGCAGGAGUCUCUCCUGAGAGCCUCUCUUGCAAUAAACGGAGCAACGCUGCCUAGCGAGGAUCAUCACAGUGCAGCCAGUGAGCAGCAGUGCACCUUCCGCGGUCCCCUUGGGGCUGAUCUCCUCUGCACAGUUGAGCAAGCAGAAGAGAUCAUGGGCAUGGAAGCCACAGGGUUUGGCACCGGAGACCAGCUGGAAGCCUUUAACUAUAUCCCAGUGGACCACGCUGUGGCCGUGGAGUGUGAUGACCAAGUCCUGGGGGAAUUUGAGGAGUUCUCCCGAAGGAUCUGUGCACUGAACAAGGAUGCCCCCACUUUCCGCAGGCCACGGAAGGGUUCGGACAAAUGAGCUUUGGACACCAUGGUGGUGGUGGCACAUUGCAAAGGUGAAACUAUGUAUCUGGAAGGAAGAUUAAAACUUGCACUCAUAAGCCCUGGUCAGUUUUGGGGUGGAAUUGGGAGUGGAUGGUGAAGGAGAGAACUGUUGGUAUAAUUUUGGGGUGUCGAUUUUGAUUAAAUGCAAUCAUGAUAUAUCCACACUGCAGGUAAACAGUUACUGCUUUCUACCCUGGUUUUAUUUACCAAUUGCUCUGGCAGUUGGAUCAGGCCAUUUUGUGUAUUGUCCGCUUCAGUUUUAUUAUUUAGAUUUCUUUCAGCCUUUUCAAGGGGUGAGAGGGAGUUAUCUAGUCCAACAUUUGCCCUAAGACAAGCAGGUGAGUGUGUGUCUUUGCGUGCAGGCAUGCCUCCCAUGCACAUUAUCUUAACCUUCUCAACAGCCUGUUGCAUUUGGCCGGGUCUUUCAGCUCUUCCUGGCUCAGGAGCAUGUGCAAGCAGUUUUCUUCACUUAGGAAACAGGUGGUAAACUUAGCAAUGAGAUUUGUUGUUCAGAAAGCUCUGGCAAAACCUUGAAAGAACUCCUCUCUCUCCAUAGUUAUUUUUUCUUCAUCCAUACGCCACUGUUGUUGCCAGCAGUUACCCCAAUGGAAUGAAUGGGGCUUCCAGGAAAGAAUUCUUGAAGAAAUUUGCCAUGCAUUUCAAACGGUUGUGUAGACAGAUGUCCCUUUUGGUUUGUUCCCAUUGCUUCCAGAUAUAAAAUUUCUGUCAGGGGAGGGAGGGUUAAUUGGGGAAAGGAUCAUCCGAUUCUUACCAAUGAGUAACUGACUCCUCUCCAGUCCAGACAUGCUACGCACACUUCAGACCAGACCUAUAAAUGGAGGAUUCUGCUUUUCAGAUUAUGGUACCUUUCUCUCACCAUUGGGACAUGCCCCAAGUAUACAAGAGGUGUGUCACCUGGGAACUUAAUACCCUAAAAAAUAGCCCCUAGGCACAUUGUGAUUAUGUUGACUCUUAUUACUAUUUUAUACCCUAUCAAGCUAUGACACGGUUUACAGACAUGCAAGCUAGACUUCAUGAAUAUGGUGCAAUAGACUUGAGUCCAAUUGAGUUCUUGACCAUGCUCGACCUGACACUUGUUUUGGUUAUCUCUUUUUUUUUUAAUCAGCCAAACCAUCCAUAUUUUUAAACUGCAGUUGUCUUCGACCAUUGAUCCAUGGGGCAAGUUUGGCUCUAGAUAAGGUAGUUUACCACUGGCGCACGAGUUUCCAACUGCACUAAUAAGUGGAUGUUGUGGUCUGCUUGAGGUUCCUGACGAUAUGCAUUUUGGAGUUCAGAUCUGUCUGGCUCUGGCUCUUGCUUUCUACAUUGUAUACCGAAGUCUGGGCUCAAUGGUGAGCUCAUAAUUAUAAAUAUAAAUAUAUAUAUAUAAAAAUAUAUAAAUAUGUAUUACAGAAUAAAACUUUAAUUUAC